CUACUUGCCGUUGUCGAACCGUGUCGGAACAUGAGACUUAGGGAAGAAAGUAAUUACCGAGUUUGAUUAUCGUUUCGAAAAUUGUGACCCACCCACCGGGAUUAAAAGAGCAGAAUACCUAUCAUGAAAGUAACGCAACUUUCUCACCGCCUUAUCUGAAUCAUCAAAAUACACGGAAUAAGGAGUUAUAAUUACCGGAUAACAAAAUGGAUGAGAAAACGAUAGACUCAAUAUUUUCAGGAUCUCUAAAAUCUCUACCGCCGGUGAGCUCGAAAAUUGUAAGAAUAUUCACGAGCUCAACAUUCACGGAUACGACUAUGGAAAGAAACACACUGAUGGCCCAGUGCUACCCGAAGCUGAAAGACUACUGUCGAGAAAAACAUGGACUGGAGUUUCAGGUGGUGGACAUGAGAUGGGGAGUCAGAGACGAGGCAACGGACGAUCACAUGACAACAGAACUCUGCAUGAGGGAAAUCGAAAAUUGUCAGCGACUGUCCAUGGGGCCGAAUUUCGUGGUGUUUCUGGGUCAAAAAUAUGGGUACCGUCCAAUACCCACCUACGUCUUGAGCUCUGAACUCGAGAUGCUGAGAAUGGAGUUGGAGAGCCAAGGAAUGGACGUGAACGUUUUGGACACUUGGUACAAGAAGGACAGCAACGCGGUCCCUCCGACAAGCGUAUUACAACCGAUAUCAUCGAUCUUGAAGAACUUUAACAACAAAAGAAUCCCGAAACUACAACAGGAGGAUCAGGCUAUUUGGUGGGACACGAUGACGAAGAUGCAGAAGUUAUUUCGAAAGGGAGCUCAAUCGCUCUACAACAGCGGAAAGUUCGACAAAGACACGAUGCACAAUUAUUUCAUGUCCGUUACCGAGAGAGAGGUGAUAAACGGUAUCCUGAAUGUGAAGAACACCAAAAACCACUGCCUGGCUUACGUCAGGUACAUAAACAAUAUUAAUCUCCAAAAUUUAAGAAAAGCAGGCCUCUUCCUCGACAUACUGAACAGAAGCUUGGACAACGAGGCAUCGCGACUACUCGCCGACCUGAGAGACGAAAGAUUACCAAACAAGAUAGAGAGUGUGAAUUUACAGAGGUACACGGUAGAGUGGAUCGGGAGGGAAGGUCUAGACCCGGAAACGCACGGAGCGUACUUACAGCACUUCAUAACUCACUUCUAUCGAAACAUAGUUAAACUGGUAGAUCGAGCUAUGCGAAAAGAGGACAGUUCGGCGCAGGGUCAAAUAAUAACGGAAAUACUGCAGCACCUCCACGCGUGCAACAACUCCGUGAAGGUAUUUUACGGCAGAGAAGACACUCUGGAAAGAAUAAAAGCGUACAUGCUCGACGAGGGUGAAAAGCCGCUUGUCUUAUACGGCGAAGGAGGUUGCGGUAAAACGUCUCUCCUGGCAAAGAGCGCAGGUUUAACACACACCACUUGGCUGGUGGGUAAGAAACCUAUAAGCAUAAUCAGGUUCCUGGGGACCACACCGGACAGCAGCGCGCUCACGCCUACCUUGAUAUCAAUUUGUCAGCAGAUAUCCUACAACUUCAUGCUACCCUUCGAAGACAUUCCCGACGAUUUGGUUCCUCUGACUGCCCACUUCAAGCACCUACUGACACUGGCUAGUCCUGAACAACCGAUACUAUUGUUCUUGGACAGCGUUGAUCAACUCACGGGAACCCAGGGAAACAAAUUGUCAUGGCUACCGACUAGGUUGCCCCAUAACUGCAAGAUGAUCUUGUCCUGCGCGGCGGAAGAAACAAACCCGACAAUUUCACGGGACUAUCAUUUGUUGCGUAGAAUGAUAGACACGGAGGAUAGUUUUAUAGAGGUAACGGCGCUCGGAGAAGACCUAGCGAUGGAUGUCAUAAGAAUGUGGAUGAAGACAGCGCACCGCGACCUGAACAACUACCAGUGGCGUCUGGUGGCAAACGCCAUAGCGAAGUGCUCUUUACCGAUAUUCGUGAAGCUUGUAUUCGCUGAGAUAUGCCGAUGGAGAAGCUACACCAAACCGGCCGACACCCACCUUGCGAGUACAGUGAUGGACAGUAUAAUGAUGCUUUUUGAGAGGAUAGAGAAGCAACACGGUAGAAUUUUGGUCUUUCACGCGUUAGCCUACAUCACGGCGGCGAAAUCAGGCCUGUCUGAGUCUGAGCUUGAGGACCUUAUUUCCCUCGACGACAAGGUACUCGACGACGUUUACCAGUACCAUCUUCCACCGGUGAGGAGGAUACCGCCACUUCUUUGGACUAGGAUAAGAAACGAUCUGCCCAACUACCUAAGCGAGAGAGAAGCUGACGGUGUCAGCGUAAUGAACUGGUACCACAGGCAAUUCCGAGACACGGCUAAAGAGAGGUACUUCAAAAACAUGAAUAUGGCGAUGUACUUUCACUCAAUGAUCGCUGACUACUACCUCGGUAUUUGGGGUGGUGGAAAACCGAAACCUUUUAAAUACACCGAGAUACAGAGGCACAGAUUCAACCUUACCGACAAAGAGGGUAUCGCAGAUCGAAAGGUGCCUGAACAGCCGCUGGCGUUUUAUUCGAAGGAAGGAAAGCUCUCGAGAUAUAACUUGAGAAAGUUUGGCGAAUUGCCUUACCACUUGGUCAGAGCACGGAGAUUCAAGGAUCUGUUCGAGAAUGUUCUAUUCAACUAUGAGUGGCUCCACGCGAAGCUGAGCUCCUGUCCUCUUCAAGCUGUCUUAUCGGACUUUGAAGACGCGUGCAAUAAUAUCGACGACCAAAACCUGGUCAGAGAGUUGAUGCUCGUCGCUGACGCGCUGCGAUUAGGAGGUGCGAUUCUAGGCAAUCAUCCAGACAUGUUGGCCCCGCAGCUUGUGGGUCGGCUUCUUCCAGAGAUAGGAGGUAACGUCAACGUCAAGAUGUUGCUAAUGGCGUGCGACAAGGAUGGGGCCAAAGACUGCGCCUUGUUACCACUCUACCAUUGCCUCCACACCCCCGGUGGACCGUUGAAGUAUUCUUUGGAAGGGCAUCAAUUCGCAGUUUUCGGUUUUUGCCUAACGUCGGACUUCCGAUACAUUGUUUCGAUAUCAAAUCGAUUCAUAACAUGGGACCUGAGCACCAGCGACAUGACGAGAGAUGUCAAUCCAGGGAUUGAGGGUAUAAUGCAGCAGCUGGUUUUGAGUCCAGACAAUAGAUACGCCGCCGCUUAUACAAACAACAAUCAGAUCGUUGUUCUAAACACAUUGACCAGCGAAUUCGUUACAAUAAGUAACCCUUUGCCAAACGAGGAGCCAGUAUACGGCGUCCAUCUGAUGAAUCAGUAUGUAUUCAUAUUCGGGCGAAUGGGUUGGUGCAAGUUUGAUCUGAGGGGAAAUUUAUUGGGCAAUCACACGACACCUGAAGAUUCUAAUCAGUGGCAAAUAUUACAUCUGGAGUACACGACGCUCAACGAGUACAGGAUAAUAUUCUGGUCAGGAAACUUAGAGGACUCAGCGAUGCUUCUACACGCGUAUCGUUCGAAGGGAGCACUGGACCCAUUCGAGUUUCACAGCGCGAUGGUGAUGACCAGCGAUAAGAAGACCUUAUACGCAUGUUCAACGAAGAACGAUUACCGAGUAACGAAAUACAUUUGCGAAGAGAGUUCCUCAUACUGGGAAAAGGUUUGCGAAAUGCCUCGUGCUCACAACGACGACGUCGAGUAUCUACUCCAGCUGAAGCUGGACCGUGACGAAGAAACGCUUCUCGGGACAUCGGGAAACGGCUUUGUCGUAUGGUUCUUGGAGAGCAAGAGCGACGCUAUCGUAAUGAUGCUACCGAACGGCAUCAGGAACAUAAGCACGCGGAUGAUGUGUUCGAAUUCGAUAAUGAUAAGUGGGACCAAGAAUUACGCGGUGGCAGGAGUGAGGAAAAAUUUGUACGUUUGGAGCCUCGAGACGUCAGCCCUCGUUAAAGUGCUCGACGCCCAUUUCGCUAGGAUAAUUCAACUCGAACCAUUGACAAUUGGCAAUUGGAACAGCGUUAUAACAUCGAGCAUAGACAGAAGCGUGAAGGUUUGGAAUAUCAACAACAUAUUCGAACAGGUUCACGUUAUCGACAGACACGAGCUGCAGAUAGAUUCAAUCAGCCUUGCGGAGCACUGCAACUUGGCUGCUACGGUUACCAGAGGCUGCGUUGGGAUUUGGAAUCUCCAAUCAGGACGUCUGAUUUCCAAAUUGGCUGACAGCCCACUAGGGGCGAUAGUGACUCAUGCCUGCAUAACACACAAUGGAAAGUAUAUCGUGUCCACCGAGUCAGGAAACGUUUUGAUAUGGAACAGAAUUACAGAACAAGUCCUAUUCAAGGAAGAGCAGCCAGGCGUACGCCAGCUUACGCUGAUCCCUGAUACCAGCAAAUUCCUGGCUGUAUCAAGACCGAGCAAUCCUCCCGGUGUCGAAAGCGUCAGAACAACGGCUACUCUUGUCGUCAGAAAUAUUCCUGAUGGAAGAACAAUGUUCUCGUUGGAAUAUCCAGUAAAAAGUCAGACAGGAGUACCGUUUAGACAAGCUGUUCUGACCUCGGAUGGUGCGAACCUAGUCGUACCGGCAGCUGACAAAGGUAACCGAGACUGUGUGAUUGUUUACAAUGCAAAAACAGGGGUCCUGGUCAAUAGAAUUCCGGUUAAAAUACCAGGACUCAAAGACAUAACAAGCAUAGUACCGAUGCCACACCGUGCUCAUUGGGUUGGCAUAAUUGGCUCGGAUAAAGGGAGCAUCAUGGACAUAAACAAGAAGAAAAUCAUCAGAUCGGUGCCCAAGUGGAGUGGAAAUAUCAGCAAGGAUGGUAAACACACUUUAUAUGCUCCCAGCAGGGGUGGUCUCGACCUUAUCGAACUGAAGAAAGGAACUACCGUCAAGACCUAUAUACCAAAAGUUGCUGAAGGUGUCUUCACCGUCAUUUCAAUGUUCAAUAGAACAGAUGACUACGUGCUGUAUUACCACAGUGGUCGCAAAACGAUUAGAGUAUUCAGAUCUUCGGACUGCGAGAUGAUAGCCAACUACAGAGUCCAAGCGGAACUGAGCGCGAUCGACAGUACCUACGAUGGAAAAAGCAUAGUGUUGGGGACUGUUGAUGGAUGUGUAUCGGUGCUGGCGAUCGCAGAUCCGCAGAAACCAGAAAUGAAGGAUUACUUGUUGAAUUUACCGUCGCGAGACGAACAGUGGAAAAAGAAGAUGGAGAAACAGCGAGCGGCGACAAAAUUCAAGGCGGCAGCUAGAAUAGCGAGGGUAACGCACGAUCUGGUGCACGUUGUGAGGAAGAACAAUGCAUUUGUCGAGGGAAACGAUGCGACUGAUGAAGAGGCGGAUCAGUAGACUGCCUUACAAUUAGAUGUUUCGUACUCGUUGCAUCAUGUUGUCGGCGAUGAGAAUACUUGGCUUGUUGCAAAACUUAUCUUGGUGUGUUAUGCCUGGAGCAUAAUCUUCAAGCAAAAACUUGA